AUCCAUUACUACGCAAGAACGUUAGGGAGUCUUCAGCUGUCAGACUUUGGCCACAUCGAGUUCAACGUUUUACUCAAGCAAACUACGCUAUUAAUACGUAUAUAAAGUCGUGCAUUCGGUGUUUAUGCUUUUAGUUUCCAAGUCCUGCAGAAAGGGUACAAAAGCACGAGAACUGCAUUACGAUUUUUAGAGUCUUUCAUCGUAGCUGGUUGCACAGCAAACCACCGCAGAUCCUGAGCGGGUGGAUGCAGGGAGGGAGGGAGUAAAAAAGGCAAAAGUCUUUGUGCCUCCCCUCCCCCUCAUCAGCAACGGGGAAAUGUCUCUUUCUAAAGGAGGGAAGAAGAAGAAUCCAGGCCUCAAGCUCUCCAAGGAGGUGUUUGAGCAGCCUCCACCUGCAGCAGCAGCACCACCGCGAGAUCUGGACUCCAAAGCCUGUGUCACUAUAGGAGAAAAGAACUUUGUGGUGAAGGCUGAUGACUUAGAGCAGAUUGCCGAGCUGGGCAGGGGAGCGUACGGGGUGGUUGACAAGAUGAGGCAUGUUCCCAGUGGUGUCAUCAUGGCUGUCAAGAGGAUCCGUGCCACAGUCAACACCUUGGAGCAGAAGAGGCUGUUGAUGGACCUGGACAUCUCCAUGAGGACUGUGGACUGCUUCUUCACUGUCACCUUCUACGGAGCUCUCUUCAGAGAGGGUGACGUGUGGAUCUGUAUGGAGCUGAUGGACACUUCUCUGGACAAGUUUUACAAACAGGUUAUCGAGAAAAACAUGACCAUACCGGAGGACAUUCUGGGCAAGAUCACUGUAGCGAUUGUCAAGGCAUUGGAGCAUCUGCAUACCAUUCUGUCUGUGAUACACAGAGACGUCAAGCCCUCCAACGUGCUGAUCAACACACAGGGCCAGGUCAAGAUGUGUGACUUUGGCAUCAGCGGACACCUGGUAGAUUCGGUAGCCAAGACCAUGGAUGCAGGCUGCAAGCCCUACAUGGCGCCUGAGCGAAUCAACCCAGACCUCAACCAGAAAGGCUACAGUGUCAAGUCAGACAUCUGGAGUCUCGGGAUCACAAUGAUUGAGCUGGCCAUCCUGAAGUUCCCUUAUGACUCGUGGGGCACACCUUUCCAGCAGCUCAAACAGGUGGUGGAUGAGCCAUCUCCUCAGCUGCCCGCCGGUCGCUUCUCUCCUGAGUUUGUAGACUUCAGCUCCCUGUGCUUAAGAAAGAAACCUAAUGAAAGACCAGGCUACACAGAAUUGAUGCAACAUCCCUUCUUCACCCUGCAUGACUCCAAAGAGACAGACGUGGCCAGUUUUGUCAAGAUCAUCCUCGCUGACUGACCCUCGCCCCCCUUCCCCCACACACACAACUCCACCGGGUAGGCGGGACAUCUACAACUGUUUGACGACAACAACGACCCUCUUUUUAAGAACUCACUGGAACGACCGGCAACAUCUUCAGAUUCCUGUACACCAGAUGCGCGUGCACACACACACACACACAUACACCACACUAGGUGUUUGUCCCAAAACCUGAGCCCAGUUCAUCAGAGGUGGUGUGGGCCAGUGAUGGGCACAUUGUCCAUGCAACCGGACCACGACAAGCUGCCCAUCUCUCCCUCCUGUUACUGUGUGGGCUGACUGAACUCUGCAGAAUUCCUCCUCACUGUAAGAGUUUUCUGAGAGGACAGAAUGUCGGCAAGUCAUUUCUUGUCAACAACUGUUCCUUUGAAAACUCUUGAGUUACACCAACAACAAAAAAAUCAGUUAAUUAUUGUAUAUGAUUCUGUACAAUGAAAGAUAUAUUUGCAAAUACACUUUUCUAUACUGUAUAUCUUCAACCGGUUUGAAUUGCAAGGGAGUGGCCUUACAUCAUAUCAUGUCGGGAGUCAGACUUCAUUUCCCCCCUCGCCCCAAGGUGAUGGUGGUUCACUUACAGGGUUGCAGCAGUCUAGCUGGGGGUUGGUUUGGGGGUUUAGACAAACCACUGUGUACCUGGGGGAAGGUCAGAUGUCGAGGAAGAUCAGAAAUUGUAAGUCGUUCUUAGAAAUCUUUACAAUGUAUUUUCUGGCCAAGGAAUGCCGUCAUCUAACCUUUGAGAAUGGCUUUCGUAGAAACCCCCCUGCAGGCCUCCCCCCCUCUUUCAAAUACCCCACACACCCCCUCCCCACCCAUAGGUACACACCCCUUUCUGACUUCCAGUUGAUGUGUUGGGGUCUGGCUAUAGUGUAAAUAGGACUGUUGUCAUCAUAUUACCUGUUGGUGUUAUGAGGUAAACAAUAGAAACUCACAGCUUGACCCAGUCCACUCUGAGCCAUUUUGAAGAUUGUUGUUCUGAAUUAUUAUUAUUAUCGCAGUUUUUUUCGGGACUGUUUGGGCUGCUGUUCAUGCAUUUUUUUCUUUUCUUCUUAGCUUUGCUUACUUCUCUGAGUCCAGGGGAAACCCUGUAUCAUUAUCGUCUUUCUCAAUAGGCACUUACACUUGCAGGGAGGCCUAAGCCUCAUGCCUUACACAUCCAGUAUGUUAGGGAAAUAAUUUAUGUGUUUAAGAUGUAAAUAGUAUUUUGGACGUUUUCUUUUUUUGUGUGUGUGUGUGUGUGUAUGUAUCUUGGCACUGUGGAGUGAUGUGGCAAUCUGGGUGUGCUCAGUAUGGUUGACAUAGUACUCGUUUUUAACGCAGUGUGUGAAAAGCAAAACACCCACAUACCCCCAGCCAGCUGAAUCCUGUCCUCCUGUUUUUGGAUUGAUGUGCCGCCGGCCGGCUGCCGUCUCUCAGGUUUCAGUGCCCUCUGCUUCAGGCUGCGGCGGCUCCGUCUCCCCCAGAUAGCUCCCCCCCCCCCCCUCCCCCCGAGCGGAGGACAUCCUCAGCCUGUACGUAGGACAUCCAGUAGAGCUCCAUGCCGGCCGCCCCCCUUUUGUCUCCGGCUAUGCGGUGUUCUUCCUGUAGCCCAGGAGGAAGAUUCGGACCCCCUUAUCCUGUGGUGGCUGUGAGCGGGUUGCUGGAGGACUGUGGCCAGACCUCAUUCUCUGUGACCGACUGCAGAGUUUGUGUCAGUUCAGUUUCAAUUCCGGUUUACAUUUUUUUGAACUGUAAUUGCGUCGAUGCCCCUGACUGAUAGUUCCGCCCCCGCUCCCACCCCGUCAUGUGACUUGCAUGGCCUACAUCCAGUGUACACUGUAGUUUGCUUCUGUCUGUCUUUCUUUCUUUUUUUCUUUUUAUCAAUGUCAGUGAAUCCAUAAUGAGGAGUAUUUAUGAUUGUGUGAAUAAGAAGGGAAAAAAAAGCUAUUGCAGUGCUACUAGAAGCUGCUGGGAUUUUAAUGUUUUCUUGUCGGCCUUCUUCAUUGGAGCCAUUCCAUCUGUGUCAGGUGCCUCUCAUGCUGGUCACAGUGAGAAUGGAACACUUGCUCUACCUCUCACUUAUUCACUCAAUUAGCCACCACUUUGAUGGGUGAGACUGACAAACUUGAACUGUGGGAAGAUAUAAUAAAGGCUUUAUUCUUCAAUAA